CUCUUUGAGGAAGUCACUUCUUGCAUAUAUACUUUCUCUGCCAAAGUGUAGAAGAAUCAAAUUCUCACAAAUAUAUAAUUCUUUUUUUUUUUUUUUUACAUUAAACCUCUUAAGUUGUAACGAAAUUAAAGAAGAAAAAUAUAACAAAGAAAGAUCAAACCAAUUGAAGUGGCAAACGGCAAUGUUGGGACAUUUUCUCUGUCGGGCCAUUCUGAUGGUUUUUGGUUAUGCAUAUCCGGCUUACAAGUGCUUCAAGACCGUGGAGAACGAGCCUCAAACUGAGCAUCUUCGGCUAUGGUGCCAUUACUGGAUCAUAGUUGCUAUCUUUACAGUCCUUGAAAGAAUCAUGGAUGCCUCUGUCCCCUGGUUACCAAUGUAUGCAGAAGCAAAGUUGGCGUUAUUUAUAUAUCUAUUGUCUUCCCAAAUGAAAGGGGCGGAAUAUUUAUAUAAUAGCUUACUAAAACCAUUUCUGGUAGAGCAUGAGGCAGAAAUAGAUAGAAGCAUAAGGGAAGUGAAAGUGAUGGCCGGGGAUGCUAUAGUUCGGUAUUGGGGAAGGUCAUUGACUUUUGCGCAGAUCUGUCUCCUUGAAAGUUUUCGUUAUGUUUCUUCACUCUCUGCCUUGCAAGCUUUUCUUCACCCACCUGCCACCGCAGCCCAAGAUACUAAACAAAACUAGUACUACUUCUCCUCUGCACAUUGAUAUAUGUAUGUAUUAUAUAUAACUAUUCAAUAUAAACCACAUAUAUACAAUGCUAUUACCAA